UAAAUGUUUGUCAAACAUUUGGAUUUAGUUAUUUAAUUGCCAAUCAACUAUCAGCUAAAUUCUAAAUAUGCACGUAGAAUCAAUAAUUCUAACAAAAUUAUUGUAUAUCCAACGGUAAAAUUUAUCCUUAGCCGACAUAGAGAGGCAAUUAUGCAGACAUCAAUCAGCUCUCUGUCCUUGGAUAAGUUGGGCAUCUGUCGAAUCCAAGCAACCGAAAAGAAUAUACAAACAAAUUCCUUCAUCAAACCCCACAGCCAUACACUUCGCAGACAUGGUCCACACAUCAGAUGCUCCUAGUUUAGCAAAGAUCAGCACUUGCGUCACCAGCUAGAGGAGCUAGCUUUCUCUAUCUUCCUCUAAAAUGCCGAUACAAGAAGGAAGCAUAUGCAUAUGAUCAUAUCCACAAACUAUAGACACACAGAGCUCGUUCUUCAUUAGGCAUUACUAUGGCUGCCGAUUCCCACCAACUACACUUUAUCUUGUUUCCUUUCAUGGCACAAGGCCACAUGAUUCCAAUGAUGGACAUAGCCAGAUUAUUAGCCCAUCAUGGAAUGAUUGUUACAGUAAUCACUACACCGCUUAACGCCCAGCGUUUCAAACCAAUAAUUUCUCGUGAUGUGGAAUCUGGACUCGUAAUCCAGUUCAUUGAACUCCAGUUUCCAGGAGAAGAAGCAGGACUACCAAAAGAUUGCGAGAACAUAGACAUGCUUCCUUCACUGGGUUCGGGCAAUGAGUUCUUCUUGUCCACGUACCGGCUUCUGGAGCCUGUCCAAAGAUUGCUUGAAGAGCUAAACCCUCGGCCUAGUUGUAUAAUUUCUGAUAUGUGUUUACCCUACACAUCUCAGGUUGCUAGGAAGCUUGGUGUUCCAAGACUUGGUUUCAAUGGCUUGUGUUGUUUUUCUCAGCUAUGCAUGCACUGUAUACGCAGUUCAAGAAUACUUGAGAGCAAAAAAUCUGAAAACGAGUACUUUGUUGUGCCUGGAUUGCCCGAUGCUAUUGAAUUAACCAAAGACCAGCUCCCAGGAGCUAUGCUUCAUGAUAUUGACAAGUUUCAUGAGCAAAUAGCAGUUGCUGAAGAGGUGACUUACGGGGUUAUUAUUAAUUCCUUUGAAGAGUUAGAGGCAGCAUAUGCUCAAGAAUUCAAGAAGGUAAAGAGGGAUAAGGUUUGGUUCAUUGGUCCGGUUUCAUUAUUCAACAAGAACAACUCCGAUAAGGUUCAGAGAGGGAAUAAGUCCUCGAUUGAAGAAUCUGAAUGCUUCAGCUGGCUUGAUUCACAGCAACCAACGUCUGUAAUAUAUGUCUGCUUUGGUAGCCUUUGCAAUUUAAUAACUUCUCAGUUGAUAGAACUUGGGUCAGGCUUAGAAGCAUCAAACAGAAAUUUCAUUUGGGUGCUAAGAGGAGGGGGGAAAUCAAAAGAAAUAGAAGAUUGGAUCGUAGAAGAUGGUUUCGAGGGAAGAACCAAAGGGAGAGGUCUCAUAAUUCGAGGCUGGGCGCCACAAGUAGCAAUACUCCAACACCCAGCAAUUGGUGGGUUCUUAACACACUGUGGAUGGAACUCAACGCUAGAAGGGAUAUGUGCUGGUGCACCAAUGGUUACAUGGCCACUUUUUGGAGACCAGUUCUUCAAUGAGAGACUAGUUGUUGAUGUGCUGAAGAUUGGUGUAAAGGUUGGGACAGAGGCUACUGUGACAUGGGGAAUGGAAAAGAAGGUUGGGAUUUUGGUGAAAAGGGAAGCUGUUACAAGGGCGAUAGAAAGGUUGAUGGAAGAAGGAGAGGAAGGUGAGGAAAGAAGAAAAAGAGCAAAAGAGUUUAGCAUCAAGGCAAGGGCUGCAAUGGAGGAAGAUGGGUCUUCUUAUCUCAACAUGAAAUUACUAAUACAAGAUAUCAUGAUGCAACAGAAAGCAAAUGUUGAGUAAUUGCAGGGUUUGAAUUUCAAUGAAUAACAUUCAAAAUGUUAUUUUCUUUUCUGAACAGAUAAAUAGACUGCGUCAAUGUCUAGUAGAACAUUAUGCAAUUUCCUUAAAAGAAGAAAGGGCAAGAAGAAACAAAAACCUGAAUUUUGCUUUGAUGAAGUUGUGUUUCCUUUAAGAUUAGCCAGCAAGGUCCGCUGGUUCAGGAUAAUGCUGUACCUUGGCCUUGUAGCGCCUAUAAGUUCUCCUUUUUGACUUGUGCCAAUUCCUCCGUAGUAGCCUUGCAACAAUGUAUAUUCUUUAUGAAAUAUAUACUUUGUCCGAUCCAUAAAAAAAAUUAGUCACAUCUCACUAAGCAACAUAAUUUAUGUCCUUUGAAAGGAUGUGUUUGAUUUUUCUUGCUGACAUGUCCCCUGGUUUGGCAAAACUUGGCCUGCUUCUGUUGCUUUAGUAUGGCCCUCUUGUAGCCGCUGUUUCUGGUUUCCUGUAGGCUGGUUUAACCUUUUAUUGGAUUCUUUUAGUUUUGGCUUUGUACGUUUUGUAGCUGUUUUUGUUGUUUCACUUAUGGAGUGUCUCCUUUGUUGUUCCUGGAUAUUUAAUAAAAUUUCUCUUUAUAACA